CUUUUUCGUUUCUUAUUCUUCCUCCGCCGGAUCCUUCUGGAACUUCUGCGCCGGGGCUGUUUGAAACGCCCCUGACCGACCCGACCCGACCAGCUUCUUCCUUCCCCAGCAAAUGCUUCGUUGCGGUUUGGCCGGUUCUCUGCAGCAUCCAAGAAUGCACGACGACCAACCAUCCCACUGCCACCCUACCCUCACCUCCACCGACAUCAUAGCACGGCCCAUGUCACCCUCGCGACGCGAGGAAGAAGGCAGACAGACUUACACCAUGCACAGACACAAGAUGCUGCUGCAGCCCGUCCGGCAAAAAAGGGGGGGGAACGGACGUCAAUCGAAGUCAAAUUCCCCGAGAGGAAAGGGAGCAGAACGACCGUUGAGGAGGAAAAGGGCGCUGAAUAAAGAGAGAAUCGGUUCAUCCGUGUCAAGGUGGCAUGGAAUCUGCCAACUCAUCACUGCCUGCCCGUCUGGCUGUCAACUGGACCAAUCUGAGCCCGGUCCACAAGCCUACUUAUCUGCAUUUCGCACGCGGCAGCAGCAGCAGCAGCAAGCAGAAGCAGCCUCUCCAUCCAGGCCGGCAUGGGUUGGAUUCCGACUUCAAUUCCAAUUCCGAUCCUAGGGUACUCUCUAUCGAGUACUCGAAGAGCAGGUCCUACACAGUCCAUCGCCAUUUUAUCCACCUACGCAGUACGACUAAAGGAGCCACCCGAGGAAGCGGUCUGCUAGGCUAAUAAUCCGCGAAGGGCCCGCGGAUUCGGAUGGCUUACCGAGUCAUUGAGGGCCGUGAUCGUCUCAGCAUUGACCCGGUCAGAAAGUUACGGUCGAGUCCAGUCCAGCCCAGUCCCUUCGUCCCCAUCGUACAAAGAAAGAGGUGUCCCUCCCCCUCCCUCGGUCACGGCCUCUCUCUGGCUGUCCCAGGCCAGGAUUCCUCUGCGCGACAUGAGCCCCUUGUUAUGUACCAUCAUUCUGCAUUAGCGGGAUUCCACAAGGAAGGAGACUUUCUC